GAUUGUUCCUCUACCAAACGGAAUUCUUCAUCGAUCAAGACAAAUAUUAUGUGUAUCUACUGUUUCAUUCUUAUGUGACGAUGACUGUUUCUAUAUCCUACAUAGUGUUUUUUGAUAAUUUAUUUGCAACUUUCGUUAAUCACGCUUGUGGAGUGUUUGAAAUUCUGAAAUUACACGUAGAAAAACUGCAUGUAAAGGCAGAUGGAAAUCGGGGACAUCCAUUAAAUAAUUUUCAAAUGAUAAUGAAGAACUUGAAACACUGUUCUGACUUGCAAACACAAAUUCUCAAGUUCGUGAAAGAUCUGGAGUCCUCGUAUAAUAUUGCACUUCUUAUUAUUGUUGGAGUAAAUAUCUUAACAGUAGUGCUCACUGGGAUGACAGCUAUAAUUAAAAAAACUGAGCCAGGUGAGAUGCUCAGAAUGGCAUUCGUCAGCGGAGGCGCUCUUUGCCAUCUCUUCUGGAUCAGCUGGUUGGGGCAUGCCCUCGAAGUGCAGAGUGAAAAAGUCUUUAUCUCAGCUUAUCAAGGUGAAUGGUACGACAUGCCUUGUCAAUUGCAGCUGAUGAUUAUCCCCAUCAUGAUAAGAAGUUUGAGACCUUGUCGAUUGACAGCAGGAAAAUUCUACAUAAUGUCCAUGGAAAGCUUUGGGAACGCAUUAAAAAUGAUGAUAUCGUCGUUCACGGUUUUGAAUUCAAUGCGAUGAACAUGUUCAUUGACAAU